GGGACGCCAUGUGAUGCGUGUGUGUCUGGAGUGUGUAGACUGUACGGUGUGCGAUCUGGAGCUGUUUGUCUGUUUGUGGCUACAACGGGGGCAGUCACCAGCCUAAGUGCCAUACAGUCGACCGCCACAUUGUUUUUUCCUCUUCUAUUUACGAAACGGAUUACAAAGCGUUCGUACCGAUGUCGCGUUAGCAGCCCCCCGAACUCGUCCUGACUGCAGUCAGUAAUCCAAUAAAUUCACCUGGAUGCUGACAUUCACUUGGGUGGGGCUGACGCGGAUGACAGUACACGGGAGCAGAGCUCGGGGAUAAACCGAACCGCACAGGAUUAUUUUAAAGCACCUCGGGCGGUUGGUCCGCGAAGCGAUGACCAAGCCCGAGUCGAAGAAGGGCGGCGUGACGGCGAUCAACGCCACCGGCAAGUGCGCCACAGCCGCGUCCGCCGCCGAGCAGGUCUACAACGGCGCAGUGGAACCGGGCUGUCCGGAUCAGAGCACGCCGGUCAAAGCCAAGGUGAUGAAGCAGACCUCCAGAGAGAGUCUUCACCGGAGGAACACGGAGUGCGAAGUCUACGACGACGGGACCAACACCUUUUUCUGGCGAGCCCAUACUGUGACAGUGCUCUUCAUUCUGACCUGUGCUCUGGUCUACGUCACGCUGUUGGAAGAGACCCCCCAGGACACAGCCUACAACACUAAAAGGGGAAUUGUUGCCAGCAUCCUGGUGUUCCUCUGUUUUGGAGUGACGCAAGCCAAAGAUGGACCAUUCACAAGACCACAUCCAGCUUACUGGCGGUUCUGGCUUUGUGUCACUGUUGUCUACGAGCUCUUCCUCAUCUUCAUCCUAUUCCAGACUGUGCAUGAUGGACGACAGUUCAUGAAGUACAUUGACCCCAAACUGGGGGUACCCCUCCCAGAGCGCGACUAUGGAGGCAACUGCCUCAUCUAUGACCCAGGCAACACCACUGACCCCUUCCACAACAUCUGGGACAAGAUGGAUGGCUUUGUUCCAGCGCACUUCCUGGGAUGGUAUAUCAAGACUCUGAUGAUCCGGGAUUGGUGGAUGUGUAUGAUAAUCAGUGUCAUGUUUGAAUUCCUGGAAUACAGCCUGGAACACCAGUUACCUAACUUCUCUGAGUGCUGGUGGGACCAUUGGAUCAUGGAUGUGUUGGUGUGUAAUGGCUUGGGGAUCUACUGUGGUAUGAAGACCCUGGCCUGGUUGUCAAUGAAGCCCUACCAGUGGCAGGGCCUGUGGAACAUUCCUACGUACAAGGGGAAGAUAAAGCGUAUAGCAUUCCAGUUUACACCGUACAGUUGGGUGAAGUUUGAGUGGAAGCCUGCUUCAAACCUUCGUCGCUGGCUUGCUGUGUUAGGCAUAAUCUUUAUGUUCCUCCUGGCAGAACUGAACACCUUCUACCUGAAAUUCGUCUUGUGGAUGCCUCCUGAACACUACCUGGUGCUGCUCCGCCUGGUCUUUUUUGUCAACGUGGGAGGCGUAGCCAUGAGGGAGAUCUACGACUUCAUGGACGACCCGAAGUUCCACAAGAAGCUUGGCCAGCAGGCGUGGCUGGUGGCAGCAAUCACAGUGACUGAGUUCCUCAUAGUGGUCAAGUAUGACCCCAACACCAUCUUGCUGCCCAUCCCCUUCUUCAUUAUGCAGUGCUGGUUAUUAGGAAUCCUCCUCAUCUUUACCUGGACUCUGUGGCGGUUUUUCAUCCGUGACAUCACGCUCCGCUACAAAGAGACCCGUCGACGCAAACAGGAAGUCCCUGCUGACCGGGACCGCCUUCUGGGCAACGGCAGCACAACCACCCCCUCUGGGCGCAGCAAACUGAACGGCAGCUCCGAGACACUGCGGCAGAGGAAGUCCUGA